UGCCUCCCUCCGUCUCUGCCAGGCAUGACGGCAACCUCACACCUUCCCUUUGCUGCGUUUCUAUAAAUGCUUUGAAAAAAUUACUCUCUUCGUCCCUCGUUGGAAAACACCACAAUCAGCUCUUCAGAGUGUGUCACAGAGUCAACAGGCUCUCGGGCCAGAGGGCCUGAGAAGAGGACUGUCGCACCGUAAGAUCGCCACAUCCGGUCCUCGGUUACUGUGGUAACAGCUGCAGGCACAACUUCGUGCUCUUUGACCUCCCUCCAAAAGUCGUGGUCCCGCCUGGGUUUCCCUUCUCGCCCGCUUUUGCACUUGAUGAUCUGUAAACCUGCUCCUUAUCAUCGUUCCCACAAGGAAUUUGGGUCCCAACAGGUCGGCACCCAGGACUCUCAGACCGCCGCCCUCCCCUAAAGACCUCUGACCGUGCCCCCGGUGUAGUCCAGCAACCUGGCUUCAUUGCCGGGACGCACAGUCUCGGCUUUCCACUAAGGUCAAGCCCGGGGCUUGGUAGUGUAGCCUCAGCGUGUCCACGCCCCCUCUCCCCUAGGUAGUAGGCCCCGCCCUCCACUCCGCCGCCCCCUCCAGGUGAGUGGUAGCUUCUCCCGGGAGCGCAAGGUAGUGAUGACACGCGCCCCCCCUCCUCCGAACGCGAGUUGGUAGCGUCCGUGACGGAGUUAGCCUGGUCCUCCCACGCGCGCCUCCUUCCUCGCCGCCGGGGCGCCCUCUCGGUGCCACUGGCUCUCACGUGCCAGAAGCCCACCCCGCAUCAUCCUCUCGCCUCGCUCCUGGAGGCAAGUGACUAUAUCUCCCCCGUCCGCCUUCCAUCGCCGCCGCGGCGGCAAUUCUGUCGGGCCCGCCCGCUGACGUCACCUGCUAGCCCCGCCUCCUCUAGGGUCCCGGGCCCCUGCGGCGGGGGCUGCCCCGGGGGGGCAGUCAGUUGAGGCGGCGGGAGCUCGGCGGAGGGCGGGCCAGGUGACUGGUCCGGGCCAUGCCGAGGAAGAAGCCCUUCAGCGUGAAGCAGAAGAAGAAGCAGUUGCAGGACAAACGGGAGAGGAAGAGAGGGCUUCAAGAUGGGCUGCGCUCCAGUUCCAACAGCCGCAGCGGGAGCCGGGAGCGGCGAGAGGAACAGACCGACACCUCGGACGGGGAGUCUGUGACCCAUCAUAUCCGCAGGCUUAACCAGCAGCCUUCUCAGGGGCUGGGUCCACGAGGCUACGACCCAAAUCGAUACCGACUGCAUUUUGAGAGAGACAGCAGGGAGGAGGUAGAGAGGAGAAAGAGAGCAGCCCGGGAGCAAGUUCUACAGCCGGUCAGUGCUGAGGUGUUGGAGCUGGACAUCCGGGAGGUCUAUCAGCCUGGCUCAGUUCUGGACUUUCCUCGACGUCCUCCUUGGAGCUAUGAGAUGUCCAAGGAGCAACUAAUGAGCCAAGAGGAACGGAGCUUCCAAGAGUAUCUUGGGAAGAUUCAUGGGGCUUACUCCUCUGAGAAACUCAGCUACUUUGAGCACAAUCUGGAGACAUGGAGGCAGCUGUGGCGGGUGUUAGAGAUGUCUGACAUCGUCCUGCUUAUCACUGAUAUCCGACAUCCAGUUGUGAAUUUCCCGCCAGCACUUUAUGAGUAUGUGACUGGAGAACUUGGGUUGGCCCUGGUGCUGGUUUUGAACAAGGUGGAUCUGGCCCCGCCAGCUCUUGUGGUUGCCUGGAAGCAUUAUUUCCAUCAACACUAUCCCCAGCUCCACGUCGUCCUUUUCACCUCUUUUCCUCGGGACCCCCGCACCCCACAGGACCCUAGUAGUGUCUUGAAGAAGAGUCGGAGGCGGGGGAGAGGAUGGACUCGGGCCCUGGGGCCAGAGCAGUUGCUGAGAGCCUGUGAAGCCAUCACUGUGGGGAAAGUGGACUUGAGCAGCUGGCGGGAGAAGAUUGCUCGGGAUGUGGCUGGGGCCACCUGGGGUAAUGGGUCCGGGGAGGAGGAGGAAGAGGAGGAUGGCCCAGCAGUCCUGGUGGAGCAGCAGACUGAUUCAGCAAUGGAGCCAACUGGCCCAACCCGAGAGCGCUACAAGGAUGGGGUGGUGACCAUCGGCUGUGUGGGUUUCCCUAAUGUGGGAAAGUCCUCACUGAUCAAUGGGCUGGUGGGGCGGAAAGUCGUGAGUGUCUCCAGAACCCCGGGCCAUACCCGAUACUUUCAGACCUACUUUCUUACCCCUUCUGUGAAACUCUGUGACUGCCCAGGCCUCAUCUUCCCAUCUCUUCUGCCUAGGCAGUUGCAGGUUCUGGCAGGGAUCUACCCCAUCGCCCAGAUCCAGGAGCCCUACACUGCUGUGGGCUACCUGGCCUCCCGAAUUCCCGUGCAGGCCCUGCUCCACCUGCGCCACCCAGAGGCUGAGGACCCCUCAGCGGAACACCCCUGGUGUGCCUGGGACAUCUGUGAAGCCUGGGCAGAGAAACGUGGUUACAAGACAGCCAAGGCGGCUCGGAAUGAUGUGUACAGAGCAGCCAACAGUCUCUUGCGGCUGGCAGUGGACGGCCGCCUCAGCCUGUGUUUUCAUCCCCCAGGCUACAGUGAACAGAAAGGCACCUGGGAGUCCCAUCCAGAGACCACGGAGCUGGUGGUUUUGCAGGGCAGGGUGGGGCCAGCAGGUGACGAGGAGGAGGAGGAAGAGGAAGAGCUGAGCAGCUCCUGUGAGGAGGAGGGAGAGGAGGACCGGGAUGCGGAUGAGGAGGGAGAAGGGGAUGAGGACACUCCAACCUCAGCUCCAGGGUCCAGCCUGGCUGGCCGAAACCCUUAUGCCCUACUGGGUGAGGAUGAGUGCUGAGUUCUUCGCCCAGCGUCAUCUUCCCACCCAAUAUCUUUGCUUUUGGACUGACCUGGGGGUAUCUCCCCUCUGCCACCCCAAUUGUGAAUAAAGAUUGUUUGCUUUGUAGCCCCUUCCCCAGAUGAACUGAGGUGAGAGCAGCUGUUCCAGGCUAACAGCUGUGGGAGGCUUCGCUCCUCUUCUCCCUUCUUUUUUCAUGCAUUCUCUUUGCAAGGGAAAGUUCUCUUAGGAGUUUGUUUAGUAGGUUCUCAGUCUCUGAAACCUGCUUCCUCUACCCAUUCUCCCACUCUGCACCUUAGAAAUCCCAUUAUCUACAUGGGGAGGGGAGGUCUAAAUCCAGCUCCCUUUUGGAGUUUGUGCCAUUCUCCGAUUUGAGCAGCAGCCCUGUGCGCCCCCUGCUGCCAGACCUGGUCACUCCAGGAGCUUCUGGGAGAAGGAACAGUAAGAGAGGAAGUGUCCCGAGCUGAUGUCUCUUAAUGAGAUUUUUACAGGAAUUGUUCAAAUUCAGCAAAUAUUUAUUGAGGGUCUAUUGUGUGUCUUGACCUGUGCUGAGCAUCAAGCAUAUAAGGAUGUACCACCAGAGCCUGACCUAAAUUUGAAGCCUGGCCAUGAUCAAAACCCCACCUUCAGGCACCCAAGUUUUUGGAUUAAGAAGCGUGAAUGAUGUUCUCCAAAUCCUGGGGGCUCAUGCAGUAUAAUUCUAGGACUUCAUGUUGAUAUAAAUUUUUAGUUAGGGCAAAACGCUUGUGAAAAUGUUGAUUAAUGUGUACGAGUAGUUUUAAUUACUGGCAAACAACUAGCGUGCACAUUUAUGAUUUGAGCAGAACAGCCUAGUGUUAAGUUUCAUUAUUUAAAAGCCUGGCAGCUACGAGUGUUUGAGGUACAUAGGGGCGGGCACAGAACCAGCCUCCUGAAUUCCAUUUACUCUGGUUUGGGGGUGGAACAAAGAUGAUCCAGUGCAGGGUCUGAGCUAGAACCUAGCAGGUGGCCAGAACCAUUUUAGGUUUUCACCUCAGCAUUUCAGUGGAGAUCAGCUCUGUCAUGAGUCAGGGCACCUUAGGCUUUGCUGUAUAUCCCUUUGUUAAGCCAGCAGCUAGACUUCUAGAUUUAAUUCUUUUAGAAAUGGGAGAAGGAGCUUUUUUAUUGACUGCCAGUGUUGUCUGUAUUGGAUGAUAGCAAAAAGUGUAGUUGGACAGGUUGCCCACUAGAUGGAGGAGUGAGAAGUACCAGACUCCUUUUUGCUCUAAAGCAGAUCCUUUCGGGAUCUGAGUCACUGGGCAGUUUCUCUAAUGCGAGCAGACAGACCCUGUUAACUAAGAAGCAAAGGAAAGUAUAUUUAAAGAGGCUGAGGUGUUUGGCCACAUAUUCCUUUAGGUUCAUCUCCAUUGGUCUCAGUGUGGACAUAACCCCUGGAAUUCACUCCAGUGCAAAGUUUAAAUACUACCAGCAUGAGAAUGUACUUGAAGGUUUCUCAAAAUGUGCUAGACAAGAGAAAAGGUCCCAGCUGAGAGAAAAAUCCACCUGUCUCCCAUCUGGGGCUCUUUAGCCUCACUGAUAGAAAAGGAAAAGGGGCCCAAGCUAAGCUUACUUUGAGGGUUCAUGAUAUUCAGAGAUGCUCAGGGGACUUCUCCGCUGCAGGAGGUGGGGUGAGGACAUUGGAUUCAUUUCCUCAAAAUGUGGAGAGAAAGGAGAAAAAUCAGAAUUCUAUUUGUA